AUGAAUUAAGAGGAUUUAAACUAUUUGACUUAUGGAUCAGUUAUUUCGAUAUCUCAUGUAUAGGAUGAUCAUUCUUUCAUAACAGCUGAUGGUUUUGUGAAGCGUGCUGUUUGUUUAUAGAACUUUCAUCACAUAGAUGUCGUAGAUGUGAAAUAAUUAGGUAAAAUGAAAAGCAGGCCAUAUUACCACACUCUGUUUUAAAUAUUUCCAAAAUUUACAAACACCACAAAGCAAGAAAUCUUGAAGGAACUUAUUGGAGAGGAGCAAGAAGAAGAGGUUUAACCAGCAGUCCAAAAUAUUUUAGAAAGCAUCUCGAAACAUUAGAAGGUUGAUGAAAAGACUAUUCUGUCGAAAGAGCAGGUCUAAAUGUUUUCCCAGAAAUUAUUAUAAGAGUUCAAAUAUAAUCUUGACACAUUUGAAAAAUCAAAAGCGCAUAAGGUGUCAUAUAAGUCUCAUAUUUAACUAUUGCAUUUGGCAUCAUCAAAGUUUUUAGCUUGUCAUCAAAAGGAGGCUAGAGUAGAAUCUUCAAAUUAUAAAAUUACUUUAGAUGAAUUACCUAGUGAUUCAUCCUUAUUUAAGAUAUUGCCAGCUUACAAAUAUUAGAAAGAAGGUGAGUAAGUAAUUUAUGCCAGUGAUAUUGUGUAUAUUGUAAGAGCAACAUCCUUUAUGAAUAAAUUGACAUUUCUGCAUGCAUCUUAAGAAAUGGGAAAUUAUGGAAAGAGCAGGAAAUAGAAAAAAAGUGAUGAAGACCUGUUAUAAUACAAGAUGGAGAAAGAUAUAAUUAAGAGGGAAGUAAAUGCAGCAUUAGAUGAAGAAAAUUAGACUUAAUGGAGAAUUUCAGUUUAUUCAGAUUAUGUUCCUGAAACAUCUGGAUAUUUGAAAUGUGGUGAUGUAAUUUGGUUACAUCAUUCUGAAACUAAUACAACAAUUGCAGCAACAAGAAAGGGUAAGCCUGUAGAUUAGAAGAACUUUCAAUCAUUUAAUUUGGUUGACUGGUUAAAAGUAGAAAAUGUGGAAUUAAAUGUAUUGAGUGGCUCAACAAAAGAAAGUUAUGAUGAAUACACAGGGAGAUACACAUUUCGAUGUGGAUUAUUGAAUCAGAAAUAUAUAAGGAAGGAGGCAUUGUAGUAUUUGAUAAGAAAUACCGAUUCAAACAUUUUACAUCAGGAUUGUAUCUAUCUGGGAUUUAAGACAAAUUUACAUUAGAUAAAUAGAGAGUUCCAACAACCUUAUUUUAUUUUAGUCAAUUAAAGAAUUCUCAGGUUAGAGAAAAGUCAGUCAUGA